AUGUUUGCUUCAGAGAAUGGUUUGCGGGGUGACCCAAGAUUGCAGGGAAUUUCUGAUGCCAUCAGAGUUGUUCCUCAUUUCCCAAAGCCAGGAAUAAUGUUUCAAGACAUAACAACACUGCUCUUGGAUCCCAAAGCUUUCCAGGAUGCCAUUGAUAUCUUUGUUGAGCGUUACAGAGACAUGGAUAUCUCAAUUGUUGCAGGAGUGGAAGCCAGAGGAUUCAUGUUUGGCCCUGCUAUUGCAUUAGCCAUUGGUGCAAAAUUUGUUCCCCUGCGUAAACCCGGAAAGUUGCCCGGAGAAGUAAUAUCUGAAGACUAUGAGCUAGAAUAUGGGAAUGAUCGUUUGGAGAUGCAUGUUGGAGCUGUUGAAACAGGGGAAAGGGUAAUGAUAGUUGAUGAUUUGGUGGCUACCGGAGGCACUCUAUCUGCAGCCAUAAGGCUUUUAGAACGUGGUGGAGCAGAGGUUGUUGAAUGUGGUUGUGUUAUUGGUGUACCAGAGUUUAAGGGGCGUCGCAAGCUGGCUGGUAAGCCACUUUAUAUUCUUGUGGAACCCCGGGAUAUAGCUCCCUAA